GGCCCGGGGGGCGGCGGCGCCAUGUGGAGCGGCCGCAGCUCCUUCACCAGCCUGGUCGUGGGCGUGUUCGUGGUGUACGUGGUGCACACCUGCUGGGUCAUGUACGGCAUCGUCUACACCCGGCCGUGCGCCAGCGACGGCAACUGCAUCCAGCCCUACCUGGCGCGGAAGCCCAAGCUGCAGCUCAGCGUGUACACCACCACACGGUCCAACCUUGGUGCUGAAAACAACGUGGAUCUGGUCUUGAACGUGGAAGACUUCGACGUGGAGUCGAAAUUUGAAAGGACAGUGAACGUUUCUGUACCAAAGAAAACUAGAAACAACGGCACGUUGUAUGCGUACAUCUUCCUCCACCAUGCUGGCGUUCUGCCGUGGCAUGACGGGAAGCAGGUGCACCUGGUGAGCCCUCUGACCACCUACAUGGUGCCCAAACCGGAAGAGGUCAACCUGCUCACAGGAGAAUCCAGUAUGCAGCAGAUAGAGGCAGAGAAGAAGCCACCAAGUGCCCUGGAGGAGCCCGUUUCUCACUGGAGACCAAGGCUGGCGCUGAACGUGAUGGUGGACGACUUUGUCUUCGACGGGGCCUCCCUGCCUGCUGACGUGCGUCGGUACAUGAAGAUGGUCCAGCUCGGGAAGGCCGUGCACUACCUCCCCAUCCUGUUCAUCGACCAGCUCAGCAGCCGGGUGAAGGACCUCAUGGUCAUAAACCGCUCCACCACCGAGCUGCCCCUCACCGUGUCCUACGACAGGAUCUCUCUGGGGAGGCUGCGCUUCUGGAUCCACAUGCAGGACGCCGUGUUCUCCCUGCAGCAGUUCGGGUUUUCAGAGAAAGACGCUGAUGAAGUGAAAGGCAUUUUUGUUGACACCAACCUAUACUUCCUAGCGCUGACCUUCUUCGUCGCUGCAUUUCACCUUCUGUUUGACUUCCUGGCCUUUAAAAAUGACAUCAGUUUCUGGAAGAAGAAGAAGAGCAUGAUGGGGAUGUCCACCAAAGCAGUGCUCUGGCGAGGCUUCAGCACGGUGGUCAUCUUCCUGUUCCUGCUGGACGAGCAGACGAGCCUGCUGGUGCUGGUCCCCGCGGGCAUCGGCGCCGCCAUCGAGCUGUGGAAAGUGAAAAAGGCCUUGAAGAUGACCAUUGUUUGGAGGGGCCUGAGACCACACUUCCAGUUCGGCACUUACAGCGAGUCCGAGAGGAGGACGGAGGAGUACGACACUCAGGCCAUGAAGUACCUGUCCUAUCUGCUCUACCCCCUGUGCAUCGGGGGCGCCGUCUACUCCCUGCUGAACAUCAAGUACAAGAGCUGGUACUCGUGGCUCAUCAACAGCUUCGUCAAUGGCGUGUAUGCCUUCGGCUUCCUCUUCAUGCUGCCUCAGCUCUUCGUUAACUACAAGAUGAAGUCGGUGGCACACCUGCCCUGGAAAGCCUUCACCUACAAGGCCUUCAACACCUUCAUCGACGACGUCUUUGCCUUCAUCAUCACCAUGCCCACGUCCCACCGGCUGGCGUGCUUCAGGGACGACGUGGUGUUCCUCGUGUACCUGUACCAGCGAUGGCUGUACCCUGUGGAUAAGAGCAGGGUGAACGAGUUCGGGGAGUCCUACGAAGAGCAGCCCCAGCGGAAGCCCCACGCACACUGAGCCCCGCCGAGCGCCGCGCGGCCCAACUGGGUGGUCGGCCGAGUAUUUUCGGAGGCUUCUGGUGGGAUUCCCUGGACGUUAUGCUGUCUGCGUUGCCAAAAGCUGAACGUUUCUUGUGGCCCCCGAGUUCCUGCGUGUCGUGUUAGGGAAGGGCUCCAGCGGGCAGACCCCAGCCCCGGCACCAGGCCGUGGCCGUCCGUGGCUUGGCACGUGCGGCCCGGGCCUCUCGAGGCGUCCAUGAGCCCUUCCCGUGCACGCAGGUGGCUCUUUAAGUCCAGUCCUUAUAGACGGGUCAAACGGCUUCUCUUCCUUUUUGUUUAAAACUUGACUAUUUUAAAGCUUAAUGUACGUAUGUUUCUAUUUUAAAAUAAAUUCCUUCGGCUGUGACGUU